UACAUUAAGCGAGAUCUAGAGCCCUGUCCAUAGCCUUCUCUGUCCUCAUCAAUUUCUUUACCUUCUUAGCAAUGGAAGCUACGUUUACCACUUGUAAGAAACAUUACCAAAACUAUCUAAGCCUUCUACCACCUUAGUUGGUUUUUGCCUUUUGACUCUGUAUUCCCUUUCUUUCUGUUUAUUUUGCUUUCUUUUGUCUUGUUAUUUUUUGUUUCCCAUUAGUUUAAUGGCACAUUAAAACAAAUUAAUAUAUCUAGGAAUCUGUCAAUAUCUGGGGUUGUCAUCAAGUUCAAACCAGCUUGUGCUUUGCUAGAUUUCUGCUCUGUUCCUAUUGCUCUGCUGCUCUUUAUUUGAAUUUAAAACCCAUUUUAGCAUACCCUGAAAGCCUUCACCAGAUUUGCCUUCCUCUUUGGAAUUUCUCAUCUGGGUCUUUAUGCAUUGGAGCUAGCAUGAUCUUUCAAAGGUGCUAUCUUUUCCAUUCUUUGUUCUGUUGUCCUAGUGGGUUCCUUCUGUCAGUUUUGAUUUUCGGUUAAUAACUACUAGUUCAUUGUGUUGCUUUGGAAAAGUCUAGAUUUCUCUUCCUUGGUUUUAGAAUUUAUGUUAUACGUCAUAGUUGAUAAUUAGAGGUUCUUGAAUUGCUUUUGCUGGAUUAGAACAUAAGAUUUCAUUUCCUUCAUUUGGCUUUCUUCGUGGUUUUUGAUUCCUAUUGUGUUUGAUUAACAGUGGUUCCUUGACUGUUCUGCCUCUAUAAUAACCCUAAGGUCUGGUUAAGUUUAAACAGGAUCUACCUCUUUGUUCCUUAACAAAUUUCCCUGAUUUUGUAAUGAUGAGUGAUAGGGGAUUAAAAAUUUUUACUUGUGCUUUAUCAAUCUUGAGCUUGGCUAGUUUGUGUUGUGGAUUUAAUCCUGUAGACAAUUACCUUAUAGACUGUGGAUCAAGCAGCGAUACUACAGUGGGCGACCGUGUUUUCUUGGCUGAUAACUCUACCUCAAACUCCCUUUCAACCCCAAAAAACAUUUUUGCCAGAGCUUCAACAUCUGUCACGUCCUCCGAUUAUUCAUUGCUAUAUCAAACAGCAAGAAUCCUCGAUGGAACCUCAAAAUACACAUUUUCAAUUCAACAACCUGGUAGACAUUGGAUUCGCUUUUAUUUCUAUCCAUUUGUUUAUGAUAGUUACAAUAUGAACAGGGCAAUUUUUCAUGUUUCCACCCAAGACCAUGUCCUUCUGAGCAAUUUCAGUGUCAACUCUAAUGUUGUUAAAGAAUUUUCUGUUAAUGUAACCUCGACUAGCCUUGAAAUUAUUUUCACCCCAUCAAGCAAUUCGUUUGCAUUCUUGAAUGCCUUGGAAGUUGUUUCCAUCCCCGAUGCACUAAUUACAGAUGAUGCCAGCACUUUUGAUCCACUGGGGACAUUCCAAGGCUUGUUUUCACAGGCACUGGAGACUGUUUUUAGGGUGAACAUGGGUGGACCAACAAUUCUCCCUGAAAAUGAUACCCUUGGGCGAACUUGGGUUCCUGAUCAAGAUUUUCUCAUCAACGAGAAUUUUGCCACAAACAUAUCAAAAAUUAGUGCUGUCAAGUAUGUAGAAGGCGGAGCAACACCAGAUAUUGCUCCUAAUGCUGUUUAUGGUACUGCCACUGUGAUGAAAUCAGGAGAUGAUCCCAGAAGCAAUUUCAAUGUGACCUGGCAGUUCAAUGUUGAUCCUGGAUUUCAGUAUCUUGUUCGGUUUCACUUCUGUGAUAUACUAAGUAAAGCUCUUAACGAGCUCUACUUUGAAGUUUAUAUUGACUCUUCGAUUGUUGCUAAGGAUCUUGAUCCAAGUAUUCUAUUACAAAACAUUUUGGCAGGUGCACUUUAUAUGGAUUUUGUCACACCUUUAAAUGACAGCAAAAAUAAGCUUCGUGUGAGUAUUGGUCCAAGCUCUAUUCCUAAUGUUCUACCUAAUGCCAUUCUAAAUGGGCUAGAGAUAAUGAAAAUGAACAAUUCCCUUGGCAGCCUCAGUGGGUCAGCACCUUUGCUUUCUGAUUCAAGAUCUAAGAAGAAUGUUGGCAUGAUAGUGGGCUUGACCGCUGGGGCAGUUAUUGCGGUGGUGGUGGCUGCAAUAAUGUUUAUGUUUUGCAGAAAAAGGAAAAAGUUGGCACAUCAAGGCCAUUCGAAGACGUGGAUUCCCCUACCUGUUAGUGGGGGAAAUUCUCCCACUGUGGGUAGUAAGUAUUCUAAUGGAACAACUGUUAGUGUUAACUCUAAUCUAGGAUAUUGCAUUCCUUUUGUGGCAGUUCAAGAGGCCACAAACAACUUUGAUGAGGCCUGGGUUAUCGGUAUUGGUGGUUUUGGGAAGGUGUACAAAGGAGUUUUAAAUGACAGUACCAAAGUGGCUGUUAAAAGGGGAAAUCCACGCUCCCAACAGGGGCUUGCAGAGUUCCAAACUGAAAUUGAGAUGCUAUCCCAGUUCCGGCAUCGCCAUCUAGUUUCAUUAAUUGGGUACUGUGACGAAAAAAAUGAGAUGAUCUUAAUAUAUGAAUACAUGGAGAAUGGGACUCUUAAGGGUCAUCUCUAUGGCGCAGGUCGUCCAAGCUUGAGUUGGAAGGAAAGGCUUGAGAUAUGCAUUGGAGCAGCUAGAGGACUACAUUACCUUCACACUGGCUAUGCUAAAGCAGUCAUUCAUCGUGAUGUGAAGUCUGCAAAUAUCUUGCUUGAUGAGAAUCUCAUGGCCAAAGUUGCUGAUUUUGGGCUUUCAAAGACAGGGCCUGAAAUAGACCAGACCCAUGUGAGUACAGCAGUGAAGGGGAGUUUUGGGUACCUUGAUCCUGAAUAUUUCAGAAGGCAACAACUGACGGAGAAAUCAGAUGUGUAUUCAUUUGGGGUGGUUUUGUUUGAGGUUCUUUGUGCAAGACCUGUUAUAGAUCCAACCCUUCCAAGGGAAAUGGUGAACUUAGCAGAAUGGGCAAUGAAGUGGCAGAAAAAAGGGCAGUUGGAGCAAAUAAUAGAUCCUACACUUGGGGGAAAAAUAAGACCUGAUUCACUCAGGAAGUUCGGCGAAACUGCAGAGAAAUGCUUGGCCGACUUUGGCGUUGACAGGCCUUCUAUGGGAGAUGUCUUGUGGAAUCUUGAGUAUGCUCUUCAACUUCAAGAGGUGGUUGUUCCUGGUGAUCCUGAAGAAAACAGUACUAAUAUGAUUGGUGAACUCUCUCCAAAAAUCAACAAUUUCAGCCAUGUUGAUAAUAGUGGUUUAGCUGCUCAAUCUGAAACAUCAAGUGUGGAUGAUCUCUCUGGGGUGUCAAUGAGUAAGGUAUUCUCACAGCUAGUGAAGUCUGAGGGUAGAUAACUUGUUGGAGAUGGUAUAUUUUAUGGCUUUAGUUCUUUCAUUGAUAUCUCUUCUUUGGUUUGCCCUCUCACCAAUCACUGCUUGCUACACCAGAGUAGAUAGAAGAAUUCUCUUUAUUUUGUACGGGGAAGUUACAACCUGAAUUUGCUAAGGAGAACCCUUGUUCUGGUAAAAUCAAGAGAGCUUCUUCUCUGAUUACAGCAUGGCUUGUUUGGUUAGUGUUUUGACAAAACAAAGAGAAAUUGCUCCAUGCUCUUUGGCUAUUCAUCCUUCAUGUAGGUGUCUAAACCACACCGAAUUGUUUCUGGAGUUCUGCAUAUUGAGUUCACUCUUUUGUACAGCAGGGAUGAUGCUUCAAGUUGUCAAUGGUCCCAAAACACCCGAACUGGAGAGGAAGAAUGAAAGGAAGAGAAGCAUAGGGAAAAACAGAACAGAGUAGAAGGGGAUGGAGAAGAAAAGGAAAGAGAGAGGGAAAGAGAGAGAGAGAGAGAGAGAGAACAAGAAUUAGAGAGAAAUUAAUUGUUGUAUUAUUAAAUUGAUGAUUGGCUGUAUCCAAUGCAAUAUCUAUUUAUAUAAUUUUAUUCUCAUAUUCGUUCUCAA